UUCUCCUCAAUGUUUGAUGAAGAACCUACAGCUGUGGAAAAGAUGGGACCCCAGCCCCAUCUUCUGACAUUCUUGGAAGGAUUUAUUCCUACUAAGACUAAUAGCUUGGUUAUAUGCACUCGCAUUCUUCAGAGAAAGAAUACUGCAGCUCCCACCUGGCACAGUGCUGUAGAGCAAGUGAAAAUGAUUCAGAACAUGGUUUUCCCAAAUGAAGUUUCAAGAUCUUUGAUGCUCGACCAUCUAUUGGCGGAUUCAUCACACCUACACGCACCUCAAGAACUCAACCAGACGCACAGGGUAUCCUUUACUAUAGACUCCCUGCUAUCCAAAACAGACUCCAAGAAGACACCAACUACCUUCUCUUCAAAAUGGCAUAAAUCUUGCCCACCUACAUCUCCUGUGACAUAUAGUUAUUCACUUCACUUUGUACCCUACCCAGCAAUGUACUUCUACAAGUCCGACUUAGCAGCCAUGGUGCAGCAGAGACAGUGUAGCUGUUCUGAUCCUUGCUGCAAACAGAAAGGAGUUCACUGCAAGAUUACUGCCCUCAGCCCAUUACACUGGAAAACGGCCUCUUGCAAAAUAAAACGAGUGAGGACAGUAUUCACUGCUGAGCAGCUGGACAGGUUGGAGAGAGAGUUCCUCAAGCAGCAAUAUAUGGUGGGCACAGAAAGGGUGGACCUAGCUACAACACUAAACCUCACAGAGACCCAGGUUAAGGUGUGGUUUCAAAAUAGAAGAAUUAAAUGGAGGAAACAAAGCCUAGAGCAGAAGAAAGCAAAGCUGGCCAUACUUGGACCAGUACAACAACUGCCCAAUACCUCAGUUCAAAUUGAGGAUAAUGAAACAGAUGAGGCAACACUGGACAUUGAAAUAUAA